GUUGUUAUCCAAGGAGAAAAAAAAACUGACCAAUUUCCGGGGAACCCACAGAGUCUCAGAUGAACAUGAACAACCAGAAAUCAGGGAAACUGAAUUAAUCGUGAGCUCACUUGCUAUUUGUUUCUCAUGUAAUUGAAAAAUAUCAAAAGGUACACUGAGAAGAAGAUGAUGAGGAUGAAGAUGAAGAAAAGAUGAAGAUGAAAAGUACACGGAGGAUAAACUUAGACUCCUCCUUGGCAGUCUCAGUGGUUAUGUUUUUAAGACGUUGAAGGUGAAGAAAAAAGUUCGAGAGUUUUUUUUUCUGGUUCGACGUCGACUUAACUUAUAUAAAUAUAAAGUGACCUGAAAUUUUAUCGUAGAAGAGGAAAUAACAUUGAAACAAUCAUCAGAAUCAAAGUCAACAUAGAGAAAAGUUUUUUCCUUCGUGUUGAAUAUUCAUCUUUUUUUGCCAACGUUGUUUCAUCAACUUGUUGAUUGUUCAAUUAAAUCAGUUAACUGAUUCAAGUGACCUUUUGGAAACUUGGAUUUAACACCAGAUACAAUCAAGUAGUGACCAAUUUUAAUUAAAACAAUUAAAUAAAAUGGUUUAUUAUAUUGCAACGGUUUCAUUUCUCCUUCUUUUAACAGUUGAUGCUCUCGAACUGGACGAAAUUACAUAUUUACCAAGCACGUACUGGCCGAUGUUAAGGUAUGCACCUUCAUCAUCUUCUCCGUCAUCAUCACCAUUAUCAUCAGCACGAGGGUUGAAUGUGCCCUUCAAGAGACAAGGUAUCAUACCUGGACCCAGAGUGGGUCGUUCAUUUGAUUCAAAUCAUUAUUAUCGUUAUCAUCCAAACGGUGUUUCAAAUCAAAACGAUAAACUGAAUGAAUAUCCCAAUGUUAAUAAUUAUCACCCUGAGUUGCAUGAAGUUUUAUCAUCUUCUGGCUUCAAUAGUCGAGGAAAAAGAUCAAUACGAGUCAAUGAUAUUUCCUCAUCUGCAUCUCCCUCUGCAUCCUCCUCAUCACCUUCCUCACCUUCAUCAUUAACUGGAUCUAACGUUGACAUGAGUAACCUUGAUGACACUUCGAGCUCAAACAGCAUGGCGUUUUUUGCCCGGUCAGCUCGUCAAUUGAUUCCAGCACCAAGGGUCGGUCGAUCGUCAUCAUUAUCAUCUUCACCUUUAUCAAACAAUUUAAUAUUUUCACCAAUUCCUACAUCAUUAUCAAAAUCUAACCUUUUAACAGGCUUCAGUCAUGCAGCAAGUACUUAUAAUCGAGGUGAAGAUGAAAUCAACGGUUACGAAACUGACCCACAAAUAGUCAAUGGUCAAGUUGGACCUUUAGGAGCUCAUGGAUCGAUUCAAUUGAUGGCGGUUCCAAGAGGAUAUUUAAAUCCCCUUCUUGCUAGAGAUUUAUUCAAAAGAGUUGCCUUGACUCCGAGGAUUGGACGAUCAUCUGAAGGAUCAUCAUCAUCAAUUGGUUCUAAUGGUUGGUUCGAUGAUGAUGAUUACUACAAUCGAGUAAUUAAAUCAUCAUUUACACCUCGAGUUGGCAGAUCAGUUAACAUAAAUGGUGAAAAAUCAUCACUGAAAACUUCAAAAUCUUAAAUGAAAAACAAAAGUUUUUUCAAUUUUCAUUAUUAAUCUUAAUUCAUUAAUUUAUUUGAUUCAUUCCUUUUAAUUACCGUGUGUUCAUUGAUUAUAAUUAAACUAUAAAGAGGUUUCCUUUUAAAUCAUAUGUUUCAAGAAAAAAGCUUCAACAAUAAUCACAAUUGAACCAAUUUUGUUUUAAUCAUGAUAAAAUUGAAAGAAAGUAUUAAUAUCAGAAUCAAUCAUUUCAUCGUAAAGUCAAUGUAAUAAUUAAAAUUAAGUAAUAAUAAUGUUAACUUUUUAUGUUAAUUAAACAGAAAUAAAUUAAUAAAAUUACAUUUUAAGUUCUCA